AGUUGAUUCUCGUGCCUCCGCGUCGCUAGCUUUUCUGCGAUCCUUCCCAGAAUGGGUCUUGGCAGCCCGGCUUUCCUAGGACGCUCUCCACGCCCGAGUUGCUGAUCAAGUGGAUUCCUGCUUUCAACGCCUGGCGGAUAUCGUCAUCAUCGUCAUCUUCGCGUUCGGACAGCCGCCAGCCCACAACACGUAGCCUGGAACACGUCAUCUCAAGCCGGAUAAAAAGGCGGCGCUCGGCGAGAUUCAUCACAUUGGCACAGAGGAGGUGCCGAUCGAGACACCGACAGCGCAUUAACUACUAACUUCAAAAUCUACAGCUCGCACUGAACCCUGUUUUCAAGAGUGCGACCGCCACAUGCGUCUGAAAAAUUCUACAUCCCUCUGAGCUCUCCGCCGUUCGUGUGAAAGCUUCAGUCGGGGAGGAAGUGCUGCUGGUUCCACCGAUCACUGAACGCCGAACCCCGGAAAGCAUCCCCGUGAUUCUAGUCGGAAUGACUGAGCCAGAUGUCAUCAGCAUCCCGCGUUCCUCGUUCAACGGACGUCAUCGGCAUAGCUACCGACAUCAGCGCCUCGUGACGUGACGUCAUCCAGCCACCCUCUCCCUUCGCCACCGAAACCAUCAUGGCUGCCAUCAUGGCGGACGUACUCCAGGUGUUCCUGCUCUCUCCGCUGUCCACGUUCUCUGUGAUGGUGUGGAUAGCGGCGCUGGUGCUGCACGCGCUGUCCCCGAGGCUCGAGGCCCGCGGCGCCAAACCCCGCCUGGUUGCCCGGGAGUCGGACUUCUCCCGUUUCCUGGCCGCGUCCGUGCCGGCCUUCUCGCACGCCUACGCGCCGCCGCCCUGGGCCAGCCACCCGACGGUCCAGUCUGUCCUGGCGGCCACCGUACUGCGCAGGGCCUCGGACGUGCCCUUCUUCAGAACGCACCUCCAGCUCCGCGACCGCGGCCUGGUGGCCCUGGACUGGGCCGGCAGCAGCCCGUCCCACCCGGCCGACGCGCCCGAGGACGAGCCCCAGAUCAUCGUGCUCGUCCUCCCGGACCUUGGUAGGGACUGCAGCAGUGUCGGCGACACGUGCCGGGCCAUCCUCGGUCGCGGCAUGCGCCCCGUCGUCCUCGGCCAGCGCGGCCACGGCGGCGUACCGCUCACCACGCCCAGACUUCAGUCGUACGGAGACCCCACCGACCUGCGCCAGGCCAUCCGCUUUUUGAGGACCCACUACGGCCGCUGCAGAGUCUGCGUUCUCGGCUUUGGGUCCGGGGCGGACCUGCUGCUCGCCUAUCUGGGGGACACCGGGUCCUCGUCGGGGCUGCUCGCAGCCGUGGCCGUGUCGCCGCUCUACGAGCCCGAGAAACUGCUACACGACUCGCCGUGGCCUCUGGAGCUGCUGAGGAGGCGCGCCUUGCAGAGAAUCGUCGAGGACCACAGCGGGAUCUUGGCCAGGUCUGCCGACGUGGAUGGUGCUCUGCAGGCCACCUCUUGGAAGGAGCUCGAGCAAAAAGUGCUGUGGCCCGCGUGCGGCGUGGUGACGUCCCACCAGUACUGGGAGAGGAACGCUCCGCUCCGAGACGCCGACGACAUGGCGACGCCGUUGCUCUGCAUCUCCAGCUCCGACGACCCCGUGGUACCCACCUGGGCCCUUCCCAUGGACGUGUUCCAGAGCGAUCCUCAGCUGCUUCUGCUGCUCACCGAAAAGGGCGGCCACUGCGGUUUCAUCGGUGGAUUCGGAGGAACGUCACCGACCUCUUCCUGUCUGCCGAGGUCUUGGGCCGACGGCGUUGCCUUGGACUUUAUCUCCGCGACGCUGGACUUUACGAAUCGAGACAGACAUCGGCGCAAGUGCGCCACACGAUGAACCUCCGCCACGUGCCGUGCGUGAAAACCAAGAAUCAGUGUUUGUUCCCUUUCUGCGUCCGUAAGCCAAGCGUCGUAGCCACAGUCUUCGUUACCCUUGGUGACUCUUGUGCUUCGUGGUGUACUACGGCGACGCAAGAGAGAAUCGUCAAGUGGUGGAAUAAUUUAUAAUAAUUAUUGUUGCUCUUACAAAAAAAAAAAAAAUCUUUCUGUUGCUUUUUGACCGACAUGUGUGUUGUCGCACCUCCACUUGGAGUGCAUGCGGCGAAACAUCGCACUGCAGUAUCCAGAAAAAUUUGGUUCAAUCCCAUCUCCCGCUCCUUUCAAACUAGAUGUGCGUCGUUGCACAGUGCCAUUACGGGAGUGUUGCAGCAUGAUACACGAUAAAGAUUCCACGCUAGCAGUUCAUGCUGCGUUAUACACAGCAUGAUCUAGCUCGCCAUAUCCCAAAGGCGGGCCCACAUCACACUGUCGAAGCACUCACGUACAGGCUGCGGCGUAAAAACUUUCAUAUGUGGAACGCCUAGCAAAAAUAGAAUUUCAAACGUUCGUACCUGAAAUUGGACACACGGCCGUCGUUUAUUCCAUAGUUUUUUGCCCAUUUUUUUCAGACCUCAACACGGGAGUAGCGAAUUAUUAGAAAGAUAACACAAAUGGCAGACGUACCUUCCCUACGGCCAAGACCUUUCCAAAAAGAGCUCUCUGGCCGCCGCCAUUUUGCGACUCGAGCG